AUCAAUGGCAGACCGUGACCACCCUCUCCACGCCCAAGUUCACCCACAGCACCGGUACGACCAGGUUGUUCGUAGCGGAACCGGGAAGACCGAAGCCGGGACCUGGACUGGGAAAAACUAUCAAUCCGGCGGACCGUCAACAACCCAAGUUCUAGCAGUCCUGGCCCUCCUUCCUAUCGGCGGAAGCCUCCUCGCAUUAGCCGGUUUAACCCUAACAGGCACAGUGAUCGGCCUAACCGUGGCGACACCGGUGUUCGUCAUCUUCAGCCCAGUGCUGGUCCCAGCCGCCAUUGCCGUUACAAUGGUGGUGUUGGGUUUCUUGUCGUCGGGUGCCUUCGGAGUCACAGGGCUGUCGUCGCUCUCAUAUGUGUUCAACCGCUUGAGACGGGUGUAUAGCUCCUCCGAUGAGCACGACACGGAGUGGGCCAAGAGGGGCAUGCAAGAUAUGGUGGGGUAUGCGGGGCAGAAGACAAAGGAAGCUGGGCAGAAGACGAAGGAAGCUGGGCAGAAUAUGGAGAACAAGAGUCAUGAACAGAGUGUUAGGACUUGAUGAGUCUUGUUU